AUGGUCGUUGGAUUAAGAGUAAACGGGUUGAAAUCAUACUUUAAUAGUUUUGUUGAAUCAUCAAAGAAAAAAUUCAUUGAGCCAAAUCCCAUUGAUAAAGAUAUGGAACAUUUUCCACAAAUUACUAAUGAAGGUUUAGAAUAUCUAGGCUUUUUUCUCGUUGUUCCUGCAAUAAUCAGACAUACUCUCUUAAAAAAGAAGAAUGAUGCGGCGUUUGAGAAUAGAAAGCAAACUUUUGAUCUCUUAACAAAGAUUAUUAAUCAUCGACGAAAGGAAAUUGAGCAGACUUCGAUUCACGAAGAAUUAAGAUAUGACAUGUUAACAUUAUUGAUCACAACGAAUACUGAACGGGAGCUUAUCGAUCAAAAAAGUGUUGAAGAGGAACAUUCCAAACCUUUAACUAAUGAUCAGAUUAGUCAAAUUUUACUUGAGGCAAUUUCUGGUGGAAUUGAUACAUCCUCGAAUGCAUUAUGUACUGUCGUAUAUUAUUUGGCUCAUUACCCUGAGGUAUUGGCUCGUUUGCGACAAGAACUAGAUACAAUCUUUGGUUCCGAGAAAGAUCGACAAAUCACGAUGGAAGACCUUUCGAAAAUGCGUUACGCGGAAGCUAUAUUCUACGAAUGUCUAAUAUGGUGCUCCAAUUCAAUCCUUAACAAUGAUUUUGUGUUAAAACCCUUUGACCUAAUUUCAUUAGCUUUACCGAGAGCCGUAACUUCGCUAACUUUGUUAAUGGAUGAAGAGAAUGGUCAAGAUAUGGAAGAAAAGAGUAAAUGUUUGGAAAUAGUGAGUAAAGCUGUGAUACUUACCGAUGCUAAAUUUUCUCAAUAG